UCGAGAGUGCAGCAUUGCGUGUGUUCUGUUGCCAGUGAUCACUCAGUGGGACUUCUAAGUUUACGGGAAAAGAAGUGCAUCAUGUUAGCCUCCCGGCAUCUCUUUCCAAUUCAAAACAUAAAAUGGAGACCUUCAGAUGACUACCUCGUUGUUGGUUGUACAGAUGGGUCUGUAUAUGUAUGGCAAAUGGAUACUGGUGCACUUGACCGAUGUGUAAUGGGAAUAACAGCUGUUGAGAUCCUGAAUGCUUGUGAUGAAGCUGUACCGACUGCAGUUGAUUCUCUCAGCCAUCCAGCUGUCAACCUAAAGCAGGCCAUGACCAGACGUAGCCUCGCUGCACUAAAAAAUGUGGCCCAUCAGAAACUUCAGACACUUGCUACGAAUCUGUUGGCAUCCGAUUCCUCUGAUAAAGGAAACUUGCCAAAAUAUUCGCACAACUCUCUGAUGGUUCAAGCCCUGAAGACUAACUUAACAGACCCAGAUGUCCAUAUUCUCUUCUUUGAUGUGGAAGCUCUGAUUAUUCAGUUACUAACUGAGGAAGCCUCCAGGCCUAACACAGCCCUUAUUUCCCCUGAGAAUUUACAGAAAGCAUCUGGCAGCUCUGACAAAGGAAGUCCCUUCCUGGCUGGCAAACGAGCCGCAGUUUUGCUUCAGCAGGUCAAAGAAACUGUCAAAGAAACAAUCAAAGAAAACAUAAAAGAACGUCUUUUUGAUGACGAUGACGAGGAUGAGGAAGCCAGACAAAGAAGAGAGGACGGUGACCCCGAAUAUCGGUCUAGCAAAUCAAAGCCGUUAACUCUCUUAGAAUAUAACCUAACCAUGGACACAGCCAAGCUGUUUAUGUCAUGCCUUCACGCUUGGGGCUUGAACAAUGUUCUAGAUGAACUUUGCAGUGAGCGUCUGGGGAUGUUGCGGCCUCACCGUUCUGUCUCUUUUGGCUUGCUUUCAAGAGGCGGCCACAUGUCUUUGAUGCUCCCCGGGUAUCAUGAGCCUAUAGACAAGGUACCCUCUAGUGAUACGGACAUAGAAUUUCUCACAGGGCGACACAUCAGGGGUACGUACGGCAUUUCACGUGCGGUAACGACUCAGCACCUCCUCUCCAUCAUCUCCCUGGCAAACACCUUGAUGAGCAUGACCAAUGCAACUUUUAUUGGAGAGCAUAUGAAAAAGGGGCCAGCCAGGCCACCUAGACCAGGAACUCCUGACCUCGGAAGAGUGAAGACUUCUACUCCAAUCGCUAGUCCAACAGCACAAGGACUGAUUAAACAAGGAUGGAGUCAGCUUGCUGCUAUGCAUUGUGUUAUGCUCCCUGACCUGUUGGGCCUGGAUCAAUUUAGACCGCCUCUCCUUGAAAUGUUGGCUCGUAGAUGGCAAGAUCGAUGCUUGGAGGUAUCUUAUCAAAUACAGCAUAGCUUUGCUCUCAGGUUAGAUGCUAGAACCGUUAGAACCAUGGUGGCGCAGUAA